AUGUCGUCUGUGAACGGCAAAGAUGCAGCCCCCAGCAAACCAUCUCUACCGCCAAACGUUUCGAUCUUCUCCCCAAAAGAUCCUAGCGCCUCCAAUGCCGUGCUGAACGGUCACAUGUUCUCGCGCCUGACGACGAGCUCACAGACAGCGCCGUCACAGCUCGCGGCAGCCCUCGCGGCUAGCCCCGGCGUGAGCGAGACAUUCUGCCUAAGCCACGGACCUGCUGUACUGGUGUUCGAUGCCGAGAAGCCCGGCGUGGAUCUCAAGGACAGCCACCACGAGCACGUCAGGGCCGUGUGCUUGGCGCUCAAGGAUGCAGAUAUCAGCCUCAGCAUCUCGGGCUGCGUGUUCGAUGCGUCCGAGGUGGCAAAGGCAGGGUUCCAGCUCGACGGGCUGAGCCGCGGCGCGGUCAUGGUUGUGGACCUGAUGCAUGAGGAUGAGGACGACUCGGACUCCGGCGAUGAUGAGGAUGCUGAGGCAAUACUCAUGAUGGGUGGUGAUUCCGGGGAGGUGGUGUCCUAG